UUGUACGCCUGGGAGGAAGCGUUCACGCAAAUGAUACUUAAGAUCAGGGAACAGGAGCUGAAAUACUUGCGAAAAGGCGGUUACUUAUCCACUAUAUUCGUGUGCAUCGCCUCCUGCGCCCCCUUCUUCGUGGCCGCCCUAACCUUCGGCAUCUAUAUCGCUAUCGAUAGCAACAACGUCUUAGACGCGUCCAAAGUGUUUGUCUCGAUAUCGUUGUUCAACUUAUUAAGGAUGCCGCUGAUGAUAAUACCCAAUAUGAUCAACGGAUUGAUUCUAACCAGUGUUUCGGUGAAACGAAUGAACCGAUUCUUGGACUCCGAAGAGUUGAGUGGAUAUGUGCAGCGAAAAGAGGACACAAAACAUAUGGUGACCGUAGAUAAGGGUUCGUUCACAUGGGAUAGUGUCGAAGAGGUGGACAAACACGGCGCCAAACCUACGUUAGAUAACCUGGACUUUAAGGUGACGGAUGGCAUGUUUGUGGCGGUGGUGGGGACUGUAGGCUCCGGCAAGAGCUCCUUGUUGUCGGCCGUAUUGGGGGAAAUGGAGAAAGUGAGCGGUAGUGUGACCAUAAAAAGUGGCGCUAAGGUGGCAUACGUGCCCCAAUUGGCCUGGAUUCAAAACGCCACAGUUAAGGAUAAUAUCGUAUUCNUGUUGUCGGCCGUAUUGGGGGAAAUGGAGAAAGUGAGCGGUAGUGUGACCAUAAAAAGUGGCGCUAAGGUGGCAUACGUGCCCCAAUUGGCCUGGAUUCAAAACGCCACAGUUAAGGAUAAUAUCGUAUUCGGCAAUCCAUUAGACGAUAAGCUGUAUGACCACGUCCUCGACGCCUGUGCCCUCAAACAGGACUUACUGACCCUUUCGGCCGGAGAUCGCACAGAGAUUGGAGAGAAAGGCAUUAAUUUGAGUGGCGGUCAGAAACAGAGAGUCAGUUUAGCCCGAGCUGUCUAUGCGGACGCCGACCUAUACCUACUCGACGACCCCCUCUCAGCGGUGGACAGUCACGUGGGAAAACAUAUUAUGGACGAAGUGUUGAACUCCAAGACCGGACUCUUGAAAAAUAAGACCCGGAUUUUAGUGACGAAUCAAUUGUUUGUUUUGCCAAACGUUGACUUAAUUAUAGUCCUAAAAAACGGCGAAAUGAGUUCAAUCGGUACUUACGAGCAGUUAAUGUCACAAAAGGGAGACUUCGUUGAACUCAUCCAACAGUAUGUGACCGACAAAACCGAUGAGGAAUCCGAAGAACCAGAGACUGUACUUAAGACCAGGAAAAGGACGACAACGACUACUGAUAACAAGGAGGCACCGGGAGGUGAGAAGAAGGACAUGGCCCGUCUCGUGGAGGCCGAAAAGGCUGAGACCGGAAACGUGAAGCUAACGGUGUAUCAGAAGUACUCGAAGGCGAUGUCCAUGUUAUGGACGGUAUCCAUACUCGUGUGUUAUAUACUCAUGACUACCGCGAACUCCGGGUCCAGUUUCUGGUUAUCUGAAUGGAGUGAAGAUCACAGAACCGAUAAGAAUGGCUACUAUUUCGGGAUAUAUGUGCUCAUCGGUGGCUGUGAAGCCAUAUUCAUAUGCGGGGGAUGGCUGUCCAUUGUGACGGGCACUCUGUCGGCCUCCGGAGGUAUGCACCAAAAGCUGUUGAGCGGCAUAAUGCACGCCCCCAUGAGCUUCUUCGACACCACCCCAUUGGGUCGGAUACUCAACAGGUUUAGCAAAGACAUCGAUAUUUUGGACUCAUUGAUGCAAAUGAAUAUGAGAAUACUGAUAAACACGACAUUCUCAGUGUUGGCCACAAUUAUAAUCGUCUCAAUACAGACGCCACUCGGCAUAAUGCACGCCCCCAUGAGCUUCUUCGACACCACCCCAUUGGGUCGGAUACUCAACAGGUUUAGCAAAGACAUCGAUAUUUUGGACUCAUUGAUGCAAAUGAAUAUGAGAAUACUGAUAAACACGACAUUCUCAGUGUUGGCCACAAUUAUAAUCGUCUCAAUACAGACGCCACUGUUUUUGUCCGUAUUUUUCCCUGUUAUGAUAAUUUACUAUUUUGUCCAGACAUUCUCAGUGUUGGCCACAAUUAUAAUCGUCUCAAUACAGACGCCACUGUUUUUGUCCAGAUUUUAUGUGAUGACAUCCCGACAGUUGAAAAGACUCGAGUCGAUCACGAGGUCUCCAAUAUAUACCCAUUUCAGCGAAACAGUGAACGGCGUGUCGACGAUCAGGGCGUACGGCGUGAACGACCGGUUCAUCCGGGAGUCCGACAAACGGGUCGACAAGAAUCAGAUGUGUUUCUACCCGAACGCCAUCUCCAACUGUUGGUUACAGGUGCGACUGGAAGUGUUGGCCAAUUGUCUCAUAUUUUUUGCCGCACUGUUCGCCGUCCUGUCGAGAGACACCCUCGAUCCCGGCGACACCGGACUGUCCAUAUCGUAUGCAAUGAACAUAACGAUGGCGCUGAAUAUGUGUGUCCGCAUGUUUGCCGACUUCGAGAACAAUGUGGUGGCCGUCGAGCGGAUCGACGAGUAUUGCGAUAUUGAUUCAGAAGCCGAUUGGUAUUCAAAUCAGCAGUUGUCGGAUAACUGGCCGGAAAGGGGUUGUGUCGAGUUCUCGGGUUACGGCACGAGAUAUAGGGAGGGCUUGGAUUUGGUGCUCAAAGGCAUUGAUCUGAAUGUGGGAAAGGGAGAGAAAGUGGGAAUCGUCGGUCGGACGGGUGCGGGAAAGUCGUCGCUAACUCUGGCGUUGUUUAGACUCAUAGAGUCAGCCUUUGGAAAGAUAUCCAUCGAUGGCAUAGAUAUCAGUAAACUUGGUCUUCAGGAGUUGAGGAGUCGGUUAACAAUCAUACCUCAAGACCCGGUGCUCUUCUCGGGAACCAUUCGCACGAAUUUGGAUCCGUUUAACAAGUUUUCGGACAACGAGUUGUGGACAGCCCUAGAGGACGGACACCUCAGAGACUUU